GAGCUGAGCAGGAAGAGGAGAAGCUGCAGAAGAGACUGAGGAAGGAGGCAGGAUGGAGCCAGAAGGAGCCCUGGAGGAGGUGUGGGCUCUGCCCCCCAAGUGCACAUCUCGGGGCCAGAGGAGGACGGGGUGUGCGUGGUGUGCACGGCCUCGGGCUGGUUCCCGGAGCCCCAGGUGCAGUGGAGACACCCCCGUGGGGAGCAGUUCCUGGAGUUCUCCAAGGUCCAUGCCCAGGACACUGAGGGACUGUUCAGCGUGGAGGCUGCUCUGGUGGUGAGAGACAGCUCUGCGGGGAGCGUGACCUGUUCCAUCCUCAACCCCAUCCUGCGCCAGGAGAAGGCCAGGGCCAUUGUCUUCCCAGGUCAGGGCUUCUCCCCCUCCUUACUGCCUGCAGGGUCAGAGGGAGGGGCCGACACUCCCAGGUGAGCUGGGCUGGGCUGUCCUGGGCUGUGUCCUGGUGGGGUCUCUGGUCUCUGUCUGCAGAGCCCUUCUGCCCCCGGGCCUCUCCCUGGAAGCCGGCUUUCCUGAUGAGCCUGCCCUUGCUGCUGUUCCUGCUCCUGGGGGCUGCCUACUACACCCAGAGAGAACAUUCCACACAGAUGCGGGAGCUGCGGCUUCAGAACCUUAUAUGCUGGGUUAAGGAGUGGGACCUACAGACCAAGGAGGAGGCCCUGAAGGACACAGAUAAGCUCCAGGCAAUUCUAGACCAGAGGAAGGCAACUUAUCUGGCUGCCUGGAGGAAGGCCCAGCUGUAUGCAGAUUGGCGGAAGAGGCAGUUCCGGGCCUGUGCGUGACCCUGUUCUCUCUGGGGCUGCUCAGCUUCUGGCCUUUCCUUCUGUUCUUUGUGUGGGCACAGACUGCACCCUCUGUGGGGGUCGGGUGGGUGUAGUUGUGACGUCACACAGCUGGGCUGGGGGUGAUUGGUCAUGUGUGGUAAAGGGGCUCCUUAGUCCUUGGGGUCUGGGCGGGUCCCCAGGGGUCCUGUGACAUACUUGACCCCCAAUAAUCUUGUGGCUCCUUCUCUUGCUUGGGGGCUGUGGACUGGGGUCACCAGGCUCUCAUUUCAGGGAACAUAACCCUCUCUGAGUAUCGGGUGAGGCGGUGUGUGUCCUCUUAUGUCAGGAUGGCACAUGGGUUUUCUUCAGGGCCUGUCACUCUGGAUCCAGGUUCUUGCCAUCAGGGAA